CUUUCAACUUUAUGCUUGUAUGUGCGUAUGGGCUGAUAUCAUUAUAACUUUAUCCUCAUUUACCUACUUUUGGCAUUAAAAACUUUUGAUAAAUUCGUAUAUCAUUUCUGGGCUACUCAAAAUUGGUCGAUCCUAUUUUUGUUUACUGUUAAAGUUUGUCAUGGAAGUUGUGGAAGACAUAGUGAUUAUUGGCGCUGGAAUAGCUGGUCUAACCACGUCUUCAGGACUUCACAGAUUGGGACUCCGGAGUUUGGUAUUGGAAUCAUCAGAUAGAUUGAGAACUACUGGAUUUGCUUUUACAAUGUGGACUAAUGCAUGGAAAGCACUGGAUGCUAUCGGCGUUGGAGACAUCCUUCGUCAAAAGCACAACCAACUUAGUGGAAUUUUGACUACAUCGGUAGUUUCUGGGCUUUCAACUUCAGAAAUAUCUUUCAAGGAUCACGAUGUGAGGUGCGUAAACAGGAAGGCGCUACUGGAAAUUCUGGAAAAUGAACUUCCAAGAGGUACCAUUAGAUAUUCCUCCAAGGUGGUCUGUAUUCAGGAUGCAGGUUUCUUUAAGUCUAUUCAUCUUUCAGAUGGAACUGUCAUCAAAACUAAGGUUUUGAUUGGGUGUGAUGGGGUGAACUCUGAGGUGGCGAAAUUUCUAGGUUUCAGUAAGCCAGCUUUUGUGGGGCGAACGGCCAUUAGAGGCUUUGUAGAUUUUAAAGAUGGCCAUGGUUUUGAGCCAAAGUUCUCCCAAUUCUUUGGAAAGGGUGUCAGAUAUGGUAUCCUUCCAUGUGAUGAGCAUAGCGUUUACUGGUUUUUUACCUAUAGUCCCUCUUCCCAAGACAGAGAUAUAGAGAAAGAUCCAGUUAGGAUGAAACAAUUCGUAUUGAGCAAGCUUGGAAAUGUCUCUGAUAAAAUAAAGGCUGUUUUUGAGAACACUGAUUUGAACAGUAUGGUGUGUUCACCACUGAGAUUCAGACAUCCUUGGGAGUUGCUAUGGGGAAAUAUCAGUAAAGACAACGUAUGUGUAGCUGGGGAUGCACUACACCCCAUGACGCCUGACCUUGGCCAAGGUGGUUGUUCUGCAAUGGAGGAUGGCGUUGUCUUGGCCCGGGUUUUAGCUGAAGGAUUAAGAGAAAAGCAAGAGAAUGCUGAAGAAAUUGAGUACCAAAGGAUCAAGACAGCAUUGGGAAAGUUUGCUAAAGAGAGGAGAUGGAGAGGUUUUGAUCUCAUCUGUACUUCAUAUAUGGUAGGGUAUAUACAGCAGAGUGAAGGGAUUGUGAUGAAUUUUCUGAGAGACAAUAUUUUGGCUAAAUUCUUGGCUGGGACACUGUUGAAGAAGGCUAGUUUUGAUUGUGGCAAACUCUGAGCUGAGAAAGGCUUUUAAGCUCUACCAAACAUGUUGUAAUACGAUUUGAUUUGAUGUGUGUUUCAAUUGAUAACAACCUGUAAACAUGGGUCUCUUUGAAUAAAAAAGACAAAUAAGUUAGAAAUGGUGCUAAUUAUCAAGCUCGUUGCCAAAAGUAUUGCUAAA